UAAAGGGUGUUGGUAAUGGUCCUUUUUUAAACUAAAAAAUUACCACUCGAAAAUUGCAGUUUUACAGUGGCUAUCUCUGGCAGUCAAAAUAUGAUGGUGGGCCGCAGGUGUUUUCAUAAAGAUUCUGUAACCCCAGUUCAACAAGCACAAAGGGUGAUUGCUGCCUGGAUAUGUCUACUGGAUAUCUCCAUAUAUACAUGGAUUCAAUGGAAAAUGGAUACAUGGGCAAGGGUGUGGAAAGCAGCCAACUAGCCAUGUUCAGUGGCAGUCAAGAGCAGGAAAAGAAAUAUUUUGAGGGUGACUGGCAACUUUGCCCAGAGCAGAUGAAGGAGGAAUGGAUGGCUGGAAGUUGUGCACCAACUGAAUUAUCCCAGUUCAAACUUGUCAUUACCUGAAGACAAUGAGAUGAAGGCUAGUGAAAAGAGGAAGAUUCUGCACAACUUUAGCCAAUGCAAGUGGAGGACCCCCGCAGAUAUGAGCUGCUGAUGAUGGAAAUGAUUAUUAUCUUCACUGGUACUACAACAAUAACAACAACAACUUGCAUUUAUAUAGCACCCUCUACACAGGGCAGCACCUUGGCGUGUUUACUAACAGCUGUGGCUGGCCAGCCUCCCUGCCAUCUCCCGUUUGCGAAGAACCCUUUCAGUUGCAUCUCAGUAUGAUCAGCAACACAAAGUUGGAGUUACAUCUUCAAGGGGGAUAUCAUCAACUUCAUUACGUGGAGAAUGAAGUGAAAGGUCAGGAAUAUCCAGCUGUGGUGGAAUUUGCUCCAUUUCAGAAAAUUUCUAAAAGAAAACUGAAGAAGAAAGAUACAAAAACUGGGAGCAUUGAAGAAGAUCCUGAGUACAAGAAUUUUUUGGAAACUUACUGUGCAGAUGAAGAAAAAGUUACAGCCAACCCGGAGACACUACUAGGAGAGAUAGAGGCAAAGACCAGAGAACUUAUUGCCAGGAGAACUACACCCCUUCUGGAGUAUAUUAAAAACAAGAAACUGGAAAAGCAGCGACUUAGAGAAGAGAAAAGAGAAGAAAGAAGGAGAAGAGAGUUGGAGAAAAAGCGUCUAAGGGAGGAGGAAAAAAGAAAGCGUAGAGAAGAAGAAAGACGUAAAAGAAAAGAAGCAGAGAAGCAGAAAAAGAUAGCUGAAAAGGAAAGAAAGGAAGAAAUAAAAAUUAAGUUAUUGAAGAAGGUUGAUAAGGAGGAGGAACAUGACUCAGACAAACGAAAGGAGAAAGGACAGGAUGGGGACAGUGAAAAAGGAAAGUGGGAAAAGCCAUGCAUUUCUGGAAACCUGCAAGGAAAACGAUCUGAGAAUGCACUGAAAGAUGUCAAAGAUAGACCUCUAAAUGAUAGUGCUAGAGAGCACAGAGAGAGAGAACGGGAAAGAAGAUUGAGAGAAAAGGAACGAGAACGAGAGCGACAGAAGCGACGUGAGGAUGAACGCAGGAGGCAAAGAGAACGAUAUGAAAUGGAGAGGGCUAUGAGAACAAAAGAGGAAGAAACAAAAAGAGGGAAGGAGCACGGUCAAGAUAGAGAGAAGAAGGGAGACAGCCUGGACUACAUGUUUAGCACUGAGAAAAUGGACAGACUGGGUAAAGAAGACAAAAAUGAUGACAUGGCAUCUAAAAGGGAGCGGAUAAGAAAUAAGGACCGUCCAGCUAUGCAGUUGUACCAACCUGGAGCACGUUGUCGCACACGCCUAGGAUCUGGUGGAAAGAUGUAUGACUGCUGUAGCAAACCUUCUGAAGACAGCACAGAGAGAAAAUAUGAAGAUGACAGUUCUGUUGGAGCAGGUUCUGAGAAGAGUGAAGAAUGAAAGUGUGAUAAGUUGAAUGAGUCAUACGUUGAGCAGAACAUUUUUGUUAACUAUUCCAAUUACAGAUUUGAGAGCAAAACGUCACAAUGCACAUGGUGUGCCUCCAAGAUCGUGAUGGCUUAUAAUGUAAUGGGUUGUCUAUUAUGUUGAAGUACUGGUUGUUGUCGUCUUUUGUUAACAACAUUGCAAAUUACAUUUAAAAUAUUAAGUAGUAAAUUCAUGAUAUCAUUAAUUUAACAUUCUGAAUUUGGUGGUGAAAAUAAUAAACAGAACUGUUGAUUAUUGCACAGGAUAGUUAAGAUAACAGUCUUUGCAUUUGACAUAGCGCCUUUCACAUUGGGAAGGGAAGACAUCUCAAAAGUGCUUCACAGGAUUUUAAUGUAGAGCAUAGUAACCGUGUAUUUUGUUACAUUAGGAAAUUGCUGGAAUGCAGUCAUUUAAAGACUGUGUACCAUAGGGGAAUUUAGCAUUUACUCCAGUUUUUGUGUAGUUGUACCUAAUUUGGAAUGCCCCUAGUUACUGUGUCAAUGUAUCUUGAUGCAAAUUCCUGACAACCAGCUUUAGCAAACCCGACAACCAGUUUUUCAAUCCAUGAAAAUGCAUCCAUGAUUUGAUUUGAGUCCAUCAAAAAUUUUGUGGCAAAAGAUUUUGUUAGAUUUGAGCAAGUUGAUGAAAUCACUUUCUUGAUCCUUUACUAGUGCAAACAUGGUUAGAUAAACACAUAUUAAAAAAUUAAAGCACAAGCUCUAACAAUUGUAUAUGUUAUUUCACAGUAUACCUUGUGGCAUGAUUUUAAUGCAAUCGGUAAAACAAAAGGCAGUGUUGAUUUUUAAGCUGCAGUUGGAUAAUGUGCUGGAUAAUUUUACCUUUAGGUCUAUAGAAUUGUUCUUGUCUUUAGUGUAUCUUGGUUGCUUCUUUGAACUUGAAUCUACAAUCCAUUUAACCUAAUUUGGCAUGAUAGAGUUCAAAUUGUUAUAAAAUCAUAAUUUUCUUUUUCUGAAUAGUAUAAUUUUGCUUUUACUAUCAAGCCAUCUUCUGCUCUGGUAUUCUUCCAUUGUUUUGUGAUCAAAAAUACAUUAAUAAAACAGUGUACAAGUCUUCAUUUAACUCAGACCC